AUGACUCCGCCUCCCCUUCCUGUUCAGACUUGGUACCUCACCAGUCCCGUCAACCCGUACGACGGGUCCUUACACGGCUUUAUCAAGUUUGGACAAGUCAACCAGUUGAAGGGGCCCAACACGAAUUUCCGGGAUGUGGAGAAUGAGGACAUCUUGAGCACCAUUGACGACCAGCUCAAGAGCAUCACUUUGUCAUUGGAGCCUCCUAGGGCCCAUUCGCCGACACCUAUCAAGGCUCAAGAGUCGAUUCCCCUCCUCGGCUACUUAGCAGGCCAAGCCUUUCUUGCCUGCUUUGGACCGACAGCCGUUGCAUCGCCAUGGCCUGGCCCAAUGGAGCACGUCAUGCCAACUCCUGCUGCCGCACGUCUUGGGGACCCCGACCGCGACAGGAACCUUGACCAUGAAGACCAUCCCUCCACCCCAACACCUGCGUUCCGCCGAGUUGCACGUCGCUUCAUGAGUAAGGAGAAGCUUGCGAAGUAA